UAUCAUUUUUUUAAAAUUCUAGAUGUACAUCGAUUUUGAUCAAGUUAGUACUUCGAAUGUAUUUAUUGUCGGAGCAGGAGGAAUUGGAUGUGAAUUACUUAAAGAUUUAGUUCUUACCGGAUUUUCUAAUAUACAUCUAAUUGAUUUAGAUACCAUUGAAGUAAGCAAUUUGAAUCGACAAUUCUUAUUUCAGAAAUGCCACAUUGGAAAAUCUAAAGCAAUUGUGGCUAGAGAAAGUGUUCUAAAAUAUAGACCACAUUUAAAUAUCAUAGCUUAUCAUGAUUCCAUAACUAACCCUAAAUAUGAUGUCAAAUUUUUCAAACAAUUUAACUUAGUCUUAAGUGCAUUGGAUAACAUUAGUGUGAGAUAUCACCUGAAUAGAAUGUGCUUGGCUGCCAAUGUUGCAUUGAUUGAGAGUGGAACUACUGGUCUCUUAGGUCAAAUAAAGCCAAUUUUUAAGUCUGAAACUGAAUGCUACGAUUGCCUUCCCAGGAUUUUAGGCAAGGUCAACUAUGCUAGUUGUACUAUUAGGAAUACCCCAAGUGAGCCAGUUCAUUGUCUUGUUUGGGCUAAGCAUCUAUUCAAUGUGCUAUUUGGGAACGAGAGUGAUGAAGACAUUAUAUCCCCGGAAAUACAGAUUCCAUCUACACAAGAUAAUCAGGAGAAUCAUAAUGGCACAAAUGAGCUGCCAAAGAAAGGAGAAUCAUCCGAUUCCAGCCAGAUUCAGGGGAAGACUAGUUAUUCUACGCAAGAAUGGGCCAAAAUGUACGAUUACGAUGCCAAAGCUCUUGCUAUGAAACUCUUCAAACUCGACAUAGAAUAUCUGUUGGGAAUGGGCGAUCUCUGGAAGAACAGGAAACCUCCCAAGCCUUUGCAGCCUCGAGAGCUCGAUUUUUUAUGCGCGCCAAAAGGUGACACGCUAUUGGAGCUUGUAACCAAAUUCAACCCCCUUCUAAUAUUCGAACUGGACCUAGCAUCCUUUUUUGAUUCAAGUUUUAAACUCUUGUCGCUCAAGAUCUUGUCUCAGUGUGACCCAACGGAUGAUUGCGCCACCCUUAAAAAUUCCGCCGAAACCGACGUUGAAAGUGAGCAUAGGACCGUGUGGGACUUGGAGAAAUGCCUCAAAAAUUUCGAGGAAAGUCUGUCUAAGCUAACCGCGACGCUGAAAAAACGAAGCGACGGGCUCGUUUGGGAAAAGGAUGAUCCUACCUGCAUGAAUUUCGUAGCUGCGGCCUCCAAUGUUAGGUGCCAUGUUUUCGGGAUCAAUCUACUCAGCUACUUUGACUGCAAAUCCAUAGCUGGGAAUAUAAUUCCGGCCAUUUCCACUACAAACGCCAUAAUCGCGGGUCUCGUAGUCACCCAAGCCUGCUAUGUAUUAUCAGGGCGCAAGGAUAUGUGCCAAACACUUUUUCUCAAAACGCCUAACGUUUCACAAUUCCGCAAUAGGCUAAUAGGGACGGAAGCGCUCAGGCAUCCAAACCCUCGGUGCUUUUCGUGUUCCGCCAAUCCUGAAGUAUACCUCAAGAUUGACCCCUCAACAUUUUUGGUCAAAAGAUUGAUACAAGUUAACGAGCAAAAUUGUCUAGCUAUUCGAGCAGCGAUCACGGUGAUGGGAUGUGAUACAUGUCAAAGUGUUUGGCCAGAUGGAAGAAUAAAAAGAGAAGAAAUAAAGGUUAGACAAUUCGAUGGAUCAGAGAUGACAAUAAUGGGAAGAAUCGAGAUUGAGGUGAUGAUAGAGAACAGAAUGGAAGUGUUGGAUUUAUGGAUCAUUGAUAAAAGAGUUGAAACGGUUUUGGGAUGGGAAUGGAUUAUACGCAUUGGUUCUUGGUAUAGUUUUUGGGGUGUAUUUGCAUGGUGUGGUAUAUGUUUGCCCAUUGUAGGUGAUGAUGAAAAUGAAAAUAUGAUAUAUUCGGGCAAUCAAAGGUUGCCAGGGGUUGAGACUAUAUUUAAUAGAGAAGAGAUGGGAGAAGGGGAGGGAAGAAUACCGUUUGAAUGGCGAAAGGAGGUGGAAAUAGAGUUGAAUCAAUGGGUGAGAAGGGGCAUCGUAUGUCCAGUGGAAUAUAGUGAGUGGGCAACGCCCUUAGUGCCUGUGAAGAAAUCAAAUGGGAAGCUUCGAUUGUGCGCAGAUUUCCGGGUAACCUUAAACCCGUGGGUUGUAGAAGUGCUCAAAAAUGAUCUCUACAUGGUUCAACCCGACAUCACCAUCGAUGACGGGAAAGGCACAGUGCUCGUUUCCUCGGAGGAUGACGACACUUUAGAAAACGAAAGUAAAACCUUAUCCUAUUUCGGUCUCGGUGAUGGCAAAAGACUCGUGUGCGAUGAUUACUCCCAGAAUUACACCGUGAAUGUCAAUAUCGUAUCACGUGAUUCUCGAGAUGUUGAUGGCGAAGAGUACACUAAGGAUUUUCAAAUUCUAGGCGAUAUUGCCUCGAUCGUGAGUCAGCCCUCUACCUCGAAGACUCUGCUAGAAGACGAUACGCAAAGAUAUCCCAGUAAAACUACUAUCAAGAGAAAGCAACCGAUUGAAAAUUCGAAUGAUAUCCAUGAUACAGUUAAUAAUAAUAAUAAGUAUACGCCUACUCAAGAGGAAGGUACGGGGGACGAUAUGCCCGGCCCAUCUAAGCGGUUCAAAAAUGUCGAAGCGAAUAAACGAUCAUCAACCACAGCUGAUAGAAACAAUUUUACCCCGUACGGCGAUCGAAAGAUGCUCCGCGCUUCUCUAGGAGAACAAAGAGAAGACAUUAUAGAGAUCGCGUGCAUAUCGCUGAACCAUCAUUCCAAAAGUGUUAACUCCACCCUCAAAACUGCCCUCGAGAUCAAAAACGGGCAGAUGUCGCAUCAAAAUGGUGACACCCGUUUCGGUGAAACGGACGAGAUUACUAUCAUAGAUUAAAUUAAUGAAUAUAUUUUUUUUUACGUUUUUUUCUUGUACAUAAUUUUAUAUGUGUGUGUUAUCUUUUACGUUAAUUUUAUUUUUAUAAGAUGUA